AUGCCAUGGGACAUGAGUUCAUCCAACCAGAAAAACACUAGUUAUACAAUUUGCAUGUCUAUUCUGUCUAUCUGGCAAUUGGUUAAAUACUUAAAUUUGCUUGACAAGAUCAAUAAAUUGCUGAAACCGAUAUGCAUUUCAUAUAAUCGCAUGUGGUUGAUUCUACUGGAGGACCCUAUGGUUGUUCUAGGGCAUCAAGUUAGUGAUCUAGUUGUAAUUACCGGUUUCGUGGUGGUUUCCGUGAUUGCUGUUUGGUUCACGGGAAUUUUAAACAAGUUGAUGAUUGGUUUACGGAUUGGUGUUUUGGUUUCAGUGAUUCAUGGAGGUUUGAGGAAUCCAGAAGGUUUGUUUGUGGACGAAGAUGAUGCCGUUUCUACUGGCUUGAUUUCAAAUGGUGAAAGAGGAUAG